AAUCAUAGAAAAAUAGUUCUCCUUCUUCUCCCUUAUUGCUACAGAUAGAAGCAGCAUCUCCCGUGGAGCAGACAUAAAUUUUCCAAAUUUCAAUUUCAUUUCCUCUACUGCAAAUCAAGAGCAUGCAGUGAUGGCAAGUGGAACAGUCGGACCUCCUCUUCACACUCGACUACUUCGAAAGCUCAAAGGUGAUGUUUCAACGGACUGGUUAAGCCGUAGCAUUUUCAAAGUGCCUAUUCAUUUGCGCCGGAUAAGUGAACAGGCGUAUGAACCUCAAGUGAUCUCCAUUGGCCCUUACCACCAUGGUAAAGAGUUGUUUAACUUGACUGUGAUGCCAAAUGAUGAAGCAAAGGACUUCAUGGGUAUAGCUAUUGAAUUCUUCUCUAGAGUGAUGCCAGGAUCUCUCAGAAGACCCGAGAAUCAAGAUAUCAAGCAUCUACUGGGCUUAGUUCAUGAUAGCUCCCAGGCUCCUUCACCUGAUUUUCCGGAGGUGCGUAUUUCUUGCUUACCAGAGAAAGUUAUAAGGUCACUAUGCCCUGAGGCAAGGCUUAAGGCGAUGGCUAUCCCCUGUUUAUCAUCACCAUCCAAGUCAGCAGAGGAAGAUGAGGAAUGCGAGUCAGCAGAGAACAGGAAAGAGCAAAUAACGCAAAUGCCACCACCAUCAAUGGCAGCACCGUUAGUAUGUUCUUCGCCAACCAAAUCAUCAGAGGAAGUAAACUCUCCAAACUCUGACUCAGAUAAUCUCCCCUUUAGAGCAGCAGCAGCACCGUUAAUAAAUUUUUUGCAACCCAAGUCACCAGAGGAACCAAGGUUUCUGCCACCAAAGGCAAUGACAAUCCCCAGUUCAUCGCUAUCCAAGACGUUAGAGGAAAUUGUAUCAACGGCAGCACCGUCGGUAGGUGUUUCGGCAUCCAACUCAUUGAAGGGAGUAUUAUCUUCGCCCUUUGACUCAAGUGAUCCCUCCUAUCUAGAGGAAAUGGAUAAACCAGUAGGAAUCAGCGCAUUACCAUUGGUAAGCUUUCCGCCCUCUGAGUCAAGUCAUUCCUUCUAUCUAGAGGAAAUGGAUGAACCAGCAGAACUCGGCCAAUUACCAUUGGUAAGGUCUCCGCCACCCAAACCAGAACUUGAUAGCAAGCCUGCUUCUGACCCUAAUAGGAAGGAAUGGCGAUUCAUACGUUCAGCAACAGAGCUCAGCGAGGCAGGAAUAAAUUUUAAAAAAAUCAAGGGGAGAUUGUUUGAUAUAAAAUUUCAAGAGGGGGUAAUGUUAAUUCCAACUCUAAGUAUCAACGAUGAUACAGAGUCCAUUCUUCGAAAUUUAGUUGCUUAUGAACAAUGCUUCAAGGGCACAUCUUCAAAAUGCUUCACGGAUUAUAUUACAUUCAUGGAUUGCCUCAUCAACACAGGGAAGGAUGUUGAAUUACUUUGUCUCCGUGGAGUAAUUGACAACUGGUUGGGUGAUCAUGAAGUGGUCGCUGCCAUAUUUAACAAACUCCGUGAUUGUGUGUUGAUCUCCGAAGAGGACUUCUCUUAUGCUGAGACCUUCAGGAAAGUGAAUGAGCAUUGUGACAGAAAGUGGAACCAGUGGAAGGCAAAUUUAUGGCACAAUUACUUUAACACUCCGUGGGCGGCCAUUUCCUUUUUUGCAGCGGUUUUCUUGCUUCUAUUUACUGCACUUCAAACUGUUUAUGCAGUUCUUUCUUAUCAAUUUAAAUAAGCAUGGAAAAGCUCUUCUCUCUACAUGGUGGAGUCAGAGGCAGAGGCAUUUUGGGAUAUCAAAAUUGAAAGUUAUGCUCAGCACAUCUCUUCGUGGUUAUGUUCGUCAUUCCAUGGUUUGCAAUAAGUGAAGCUAGCUGCUCACACAAAAUUGUUUCCCUGUUUAAAUUGUGAUGUCAUGUCAUGUUAUGUAUUCUAAUAAAAGUUUGCAUUGGUUGUAUUCCUUUGUAGUCUUUUUUUGGUAAAAUGUAUCCCUUUGAAGUCAAUUUGUAAGGAUGUUUACAGCAAUCAAUGUAUCUGUGGAUU